AUUGAGAGGGUGGGAAUGGGAACAAAUCUCCAAUCAAGGCUCGUUAAGAUCACCUGGGCCGCCUCCCAAGUAGAGAGGCAACCAUCUGGAAGUUUCUCACUCAUUAACGCAACAAAGGCAAGUUCACAAACACAGGGAGGAACACAGACAAGACGUGAACACAAAGCCAUGGGGAUGCAAACACGCAGGAAGAUGAUGACUUUCCGUGAGAGCCAGCGGAGGUCAAAGGUAAAGCUGGGUGUCGGCAUCGCAACAUGCAUCCUGCUCAUCCUGGGAGCGCUAGCAAUAGGAGCGUACUUCUUGGCGGAGCGGUUAAUUGCAGAUAACUACUUCUUCUGCCAGAGCUCUCUGGGGUUUGUCCCCUCAGAGGUCACCUGUGAUGGGAAAGCCGACUGCAUGUACGGAGAGGACGAGGCCAACUGCGUGUCCAACGUCACCAGCAAUGGCACCUUCCCGGUGCGUCUUGUGAGCAAUCAUUUGGUGCUGCAGGUGUACUCUGCUGGGAGCGGCUGGAGUUAUGUGUGUGCUGAGAACUGGAGAUGGCGCCACACCCAACGCAUCUGCCGGCAACUAGGCUACACCGAGAGUCCCCGCAGUUCUCUUGUCCCAGUGGAGAGUCUGCCCGCCCACCUGCCCAAGUCCUUCAGUGGGGUUCAGGCUAAAGCCUCAUCAAACACUGCACUGGUUCCCACAGGUGUUAGACCACAGAAAUCUUGCUCCUCUGGCUCGGUCAUUGCACUCUCCUGUUCAGACUGUGGGCCCGCGGUGGGUGAGGAUCGGAUUGUGGGCGGCAGCGACACCUUUAUCGAGGAGUGGCCAUGGCAGGCCAGCCUGCAGUGGAGGGGCCAGCACCUCUGUGGGGGCUCGCUGGUCUCCCUCAGAUGGGUCGUUACAGCUGCACACUGCUUCAACAGUCAGACCAGGGAAGUGGACCACUGGCGUGUCGUGCUGGGCAGGACGCAGAUGGGGUCAUCUGGGGGCGUUUCCGUGGAGAGUAUCGUCAUUCACAGCAGCUACAAACCCACAUUGUAUGACUACGACAUUGCCUUGAUGCAACUCUCCCAACCUGUGGAGACUACAGACUCUGUAUAUCCAGUAUGUUUGCCCCCAUACUAUGUGCCCUUGAAGACUGGAGAACCACUCGUAGUGACUGGCUGGGGUUUACUUGAGGAGAACGGUGAGCUAGCCUCUGUCUUGCAGAAGGCCACGGUUCCUCUGGUUGACAAGGGAGUCUGCACCCAACCAUCUGUCUACGGCACCUCCAUCUCACCCAGAAUGCUUUGCGCUGGGUAUAUGAAGGGUGAGCUGGAUUCUUGCCAGGGUGACAGUGGGGGUCCUCUGGUGUAUCUGACCUCUCACUGGCAGUUGGUGGGUGUGGUCAGCUGGGGAAGGGGGUGUGCCCGCAACAACUACCCCGGCGUCUACACCAAUGUCAGCACAGUGCUUGAGUGGAUCCACUCAGUCAUCCAAAAUUCUUGACGAACCUCAUAAUUAGUAUUUUGAAGUCAUUCCUUCGAAGCAUCAGGUGAUCAUAUAUAAAGGAUAAAUAUAUCCAUUAUCAUUAUGCUGCUGGGUACCAUCAUUACUAAACAUCCUGCCAAAUGUGUUUGUGUUGUUUUAAGUCAUGCUGUUAUGCUGCAUGCUGUUAUCAUCAUAGUUAUCCCACUUUCAUCUACUUACCUGAAAAAUAUUGUUUCAUGUACAGAUUUUUUUUUUAUACAUACACAUUUAAAUGUACAGGUCUUGAGAGGUUUGUGGAAAUUGUUUAUUAGAAUGACACACACAAAAAAACAAUAACGCCAUCCUUUGUAUUUUAUCCAAAACUUUUAUUUCUUAAGCUUUUGUAAUAAAGAAAAUAUAAUUGA